UGUACACAUAUACCAAAUGCCAUGCAAGGUUAUAAAUUUUAGCACAUAUCACAUGGGUAAACAGCCUGUCUAGUGAACCACACUGGUGAAUAUUCUAUGCUAAAUAGUGAAUUGUCAACGGACGAGAAAAACCAUGGCAGCAGUUCCAGACGCCCGAAAGUAUGAAACUCCCCUGUCCAAGAGUUUCUCGCCGAGUUUUGCUAACUCUGUUGACAUUUUGAACAGCAGUGAGAUUGCCGAAAUCACUGCCAUGCCUGAGGAAGGUGUCGCCGCAGCCCUGAAGCACUGCAAGUUGCGGGUCGUUGUGCCCUACUUCCGUCUGCUGGCCGCAGUCGGCCUGCGACCUUUGACCUUGACCAACUCCUGUCCCUGCUGGCUUGUCACUUCACUCAGUUUCCUGCACCUGGGUCUUGUCCUCAUCCUCCUGGUGCUCGGCUACGGCCUGCAGUUCCUCUCCUGCUUUCGGAGAGACCUCGGGCCUUUGGGACAAAUCAACGGCAACGAUGUUCAGCAGUGGGAGGAAAAGUGUCCUUUGACCCAACUGGUCUCAAACUUUGUUGUUCCGAGCAUUCUCCACCUGAUCACCUACUUGUACGUUCUCUAUCUGUUUCGAAUCAAGGACAUCGAGCAGUUGCCUAAUUUGAUGGAGAGGGUUUUUGUUGUUUCCUGUCCACCCGGUGGUGUGGUGCAGCCGAAGAAGGUGACAAGAUCUCUGUGGCUUCUGCUGGCCAUGGCCUCUGUGUGGCUUGUCAUGUCCGUUGUCACCUUUUCCCUGGCCCUGAUCCUCAACCCUCCAAACUUCCGCUGGAUCUAUAUGGAUCCUAUUUUCAUCCGAGCUUUGUUGGCCACCGGAACGAUGGUCCAGGACGCCGUUCAGUCGACCCUGGUCUCAGGGUACUGUCUGCAGGCGCAUCUGCUCACCCUUUUGGCUGCUGCUCUCAAGCAGAGAGUUCUCAAACACACUUUGUCCCUUUUGGACUGGAUGAGGGAGGUUCGAGAGUUGCUGGAGCUUUUGCGCCAUUUGAAUGACCGACUGGCACCUGCCGUCUGCGUCUUGGCACUGAUCAGUGCCUCCUGGGCCCUGUCAGGUCUAAUCACCAUCGUUCGAAAGCCCGAAUCCACCAGGGUUUACCUUGCCGUCCUGCUGAUCAUCCUUUGGGCCACCCUGGCCAUUGCCCCUUUCAUUAUGGCAACAAGACUGAGCAGACACUGUGACGCCCUCCGAGAAGUGGGUCACGAAAUUCGAGCUAGGCCCUUCGAGUACAUGGAUGCGUCGAGUGAAGACCUGAACUCGCUGCUCCUGUUUGCCAGCACCCUCAGGUUGAAACCAAGCCUCUUCGGAACACCAGUGUCAGGUCGUUCAAUGUGCAUACUUUUGUCUCUUGUAGCUUUGACUGCCCUAGUUGCUGGUCAAAUUGCAUGAUUUUUUUAAAUCUUAUACACAGAAAGAAUGCAGUAACAAAUGUUUAUGCACUGCUCUUAUUUAAUAACAAUAUUGUUAUAAUUUAUUAUUUAUUAAUAAACUGAGCACUGAGCCGCAGUUUUUUCUCUUGAUAAU